UGGAUAUUUACAAAUAUGAUCAUCAGGUUCAUGUCAUUUGGAAAAGAUUCAUUGGCUGAUACGUUUUACUCCAUAGGAUUGGUAAUGCGCCUUUGCCAGUUGUUAUCUGUACUGGAGAUCCUACACAUCCUCACUGGCAUUGAUAAAAGCCGUCUUCUCCCUAGGUUUCUCCAGAUCACCGAGAGAAUAAUUGUUUUAUUUGUUGUGAUCAACAGUCAGGAAGAAGUUCAAGGGAAAUAUGUUGUGUGUGUUUUAUUUUUCCUAUGGAACUUACUAGAUGUGGUCAGGCACACUUACAACAUGUUAGCAAGGAUGGGAAUAUACUACCUAGCACUGACAUGGCUGAACUUCUCUCUGUGUAUCCCGCUCUAUCCCCUUUCAGUACUGGCUAAAGCAUUUGCAAUCUGUGUAUCACUGCCUUAUUUUGAAUCCUUUGGCACAUACUGCAUCGAGCUGCCAUUUCCACUUGACUUCUCAAUCUACUUCCCGUAUGUUCUGAAAACAUACAUGCUAGUACUCUUUAUAGGUAUGUGCUUUAACAUCCAGAACCUCUUCUCCGAAAGGAAGGCACACCUAGGGACAAGUGAUAUCCACAGGAGAAGAAGCUAAGCUGGUAUUUUGUUUAGAAAUAAGAAACACAGUUUUCAGAAAAGGCAGGUCUCUUUAAGGCACCUCAAAAAUGGAGUAGCUCAAAAUAACUAAUUAUUUUGAUAGUUUUGAUUUGAAAUAGCAGGAGUUUGAAAAACGAA